AUGACCAACCAAGUGGUCCUGAAGUACGAAAAGUUGGAGAAAAUUGGUGAAGGCACAUAUGGCAAGGUUUAUAAAGCGAGAAAUCGGGACACACACGAAAUCGUUGCGCUUAAGCGUGUCCGCCUAGAAAAUGAUGAUGAAGGAAUACCGAGUUCUGCUUUUCGUGAAAUUUGUUUGCUAAAAGAGCUGAAGCAUAAAAACAUCUCGCAUCAUCCAUAUUCCUCUAGGUUAUUCGAUGUGCUGCUGAGUGAAUCGAGGUUGACCAUUGUGUUCGAAUACUGUGAUCAGGAUCUCAAAAAGUAUUUUGACAGCUGCAAUGGAGAAAUCGAUCAAAAGACGGUUAAGUUGUUCAUGUAUCAGCUGCUACGUGGGCUUCAGUUUUGCCACAACCAUAACGUUCUCCACCGGGAUUUAAAACCACAAAACCUACUUAUCAAUGACAAUGGAGAGCUAAAGUUGGCUGAUUUUGGGCUUGCGCGUGCUUAUGGCAUUCCGGUCCGCCAGUACUCCGCCGAGUUCAGAAGAGAUGGCAAAAGUUCGUGGUUCGAACCCGACUGCCUCUCGACUGCCAGUAUAAAAUUGCGCAACUUGGGACUAUCCCAGCCCUCGUGCUUCCUUUGGGUGGCGUGGGAGUUAGACACCGUAAAGGUGCUACAACUGAACGAUAGUUCAGAAGGGAGAGUGUCACGUAUGAAAUUCAGAAGGAACGGAUACAUUUAUGCACGCAACUAUGGUUCGGCGAGGUGCCAUGCAAACAGACUAGUUCAACAGUCUGUCUAUUUUCCAUUAAUUCAGGUGGUUACUUUGUGGUAUAGACCACCAGAUGUACUACUCGGUGCCAAGCUCUAUACAACUUCAAUCGAUGUGUGGUCUGCUGGGUGCAUUUUUGCCGAAAUGUCUAAUGCGGGACGCCCUCUGUUUCCUGGAUUCGAUGUGGAGGACCAGUUGCAACGAAUUUUCAAUAUAAAAUUGCGCAACUUGGGACUAUCCCAGCCCUCGUGCUUCCUUUGGGUGGCGUGGGAGUUAGACACCGUAAAGGUGCUACAACUGAACGAUAGUUCAGAAGGGAGAGUGUCACGUAUGAAAUUCAGAAGGAACGGAUACAUUUAUGCACGCAACUAUGGUUCGGCGAGGUGCCAUGCAAACAGACUAGUUCAACAGUCUGUCUAUUUUCCAUUAAUUCAGGUGGUUACUUUGUGGUAUAGACCACCAGAUGUACUACUCGGUGCCAAGCUCUAUACAACUUCAAUCGAUGUGUGGUCUGCUGGGUGCAUUUUUGCCGAAAUGUCUAAUGCGGGACGCCCUCUGUUUCCUGGAUUCGAUGUGGAGGACCAGUUGCAACGAAUUUUCAAACUCCUGGGUACACCAACCGAAGUCACCUGGCCCACUGUAACCGAAUUACCGGAUUAUGAGCCUUUUACUGUGAUAUACCCGCCAGCCAUGAACUGGCACCAAGUGGUUCCCAAGCUGUCCUCUCGCGGAAUCGAUCUUUUGCAACAGCUGGUUGUUUGCAACCCUACGGACCGCAUUUCCGCAGACCAAGCUCUUCAUCAUUCCUACUUUGAGAACAUGACCACUCACUACUGAUCCGUAAUAAUCGCAGUAUCGUACCUGAACAGAGCGAGUUGUAGCGUUUUGAAUGUCAGGGCUAUCCUUUCUCUGGUCCAAAUCCUACGGGGUUUGGCUCGCCAUAAAAAAGACUCUGGAAACAUCCAGUCUGCCACUCGUUCUAUUCUGCGUUUCCUCAUUAUGAACCGGCUGGUCGCACGCGAAAUUUAGUCUCCUUAUCUACGCAUUUUGAGAUCGGCGGUUGAAGUACUGAUUUGACCUCUCAUUCCAAAGUCCUGGAUUCAAAGAAGAGCUAACCUCAAUAUCUGGUGGGGUGAUUUGUCGUCCCUUGCACCAAAAUCGUGUAAAUCAAUAUUCGAAGUAAAUCCUUGUGUGCGC